AGAAGAUACUUAGUGAACGCUGUCAUCAGACUUUCCAGGAAAUCUGGACGGUUCCCACAGAAUUUGCAACUUUGUCACGUCCAGGACUUAAGAAGUACCGAAUUGUGUGGCGGGUAUGGCUUGAUCUACGAAGGCAAAUUACACGGUCGCCUUGUUGCCGUGAAAAAAGUGCGAGAGGGUCGUCGUUCCUCGCACCAGUUUCAUAAAGAGUUCUCCAACGAGGCAGUGGUUUGGUACUAUGUACGGCAUCGAAACUGCCUUCCGUUCUAUGGCGUGUAUGUCUUUGAUGAUGACUCCGGCUUGAGGACGUGGUGUCUCGUAUCCCCCUGGAUGGCAGAAGGUCAUGUUAAAGAUUACCUUCAGAGGAAUCCUGACACUGAUAGAUUACCACUGAUCCUGGAUGUUGCACGGGGCCUAGAGUACCUGCAUUCGAUGGAGCCAGCAGUUAGUCAUGGCGACCUGAAAGGCGUAAGUGUCAGUCUUUGCAUUCGCAGGUCAAUAUCCUUGAUAACAUCUUCCGGGCGUGCAUGCCUAGCAGAUUUUGGAAUCGUAAUGGUCCGAGACUCUCAUGUUCAAUUGACUACAACCACACCCGGUGUCGCAGGAACGACUUACUUUAUGGCUCCAGAACUUAUAGACGCACGAAGUGAUCCUGAUCGGCUCCAGCGAUUAGACAAAAGGCGGUGCGACAUGUAUGCGUUGGGUUGCGUCUGUUAUGAGAUGUAUACUGGGAUGGUCCCGUUUCAAGGCCUAGGUCCUGCGAUCGCCGGAAUACGGGUGCUGCUGGAGGAGCGACCAGCACGGCCAUCUGAAGUUUGCCAAGGGUUAGACGACGAUAUGUGGAGUUUCAUUGAAGCCCUGUGGAAACAUACACCGACAGAACGACCAACAGCAACGGAAGCGUGUAAGAAAAUCUCUGACAAGAUGGAGUCUCAGGGGAAAGACACUGUGCGCCAGUCCACUGAAGUGGAGUGGGAUGUAAGGUUUUUGGCCGAUGCGGCGGUGACGAUGGUGACAGAAGAUCCGUUCGCGCUUGCGCGUGUAACAUAA